AUGAAUUUUCGGCUGCGCGCUCUCUACGUGGCCCGAAAGAGGGAUGGAGCAAAGCUGUGUGGCAUGGAGCUCUCCUGGGCAUGGGGGCGGCAAGGAAGACGUGUGAGUGCCGGGCAAGCCCGGCGGGCUGAGGCGAGGGAGCUGCAGGGCGGCUGCGCGCUCGGUUUGCUGGGGGAGCAGCGUGGCGAGGGAUGCUCCCUGCACCCUCCGACGGCCUGGCUCCCCUCCAGCCAGUCUCCAACUGGUUCUACCUCUCCCACCUCUUCUUAUCUCCUCGGUCUGAAGUGGAUGAGGUUGUGCGUGGUUGGUAAGGUGCACGUAGCAGGGGUCGGCACCACCUGCAACCUUGCCAAGAAGGUCUUGGCACUUGCAGAGCACGGCGUGCACUGCACACAUGCUGCUCUGUUGCAGCAAGCGUGCAGGAAAACUUCCUACUUAAUUGGGAAGCUGAUCCGUGGGUGCCCUGGUAACCGCCCCGGGCCUCGGGAGCCGGAGCAGCGCAGGAUGCCGAGGGCGUCCGCGCGCGGAGGAUUCAGCUUCAUAAAGCCAGCAAGCCCAUUUACCCUAACAGGCUGCGGCAACUGGCUGCGUGUGCAGCGAGCGCGCGGAGCGCUGGGGCAAAGGGUUGAGUCUGUGUCUGUAACGCUGGAUGUGUGUGUAACGCUUGCCUCAGACGGAAGAGGACUUGCUCUGCUUUGGAAUAUGGUGCCGAACCUCCGCGUCCCAGUGUUCACCGUGCCGGCAGUCAUCCUGUGCUGCUUGGCGCUGCCUUCGGCAGGAGCGGACAGCAAGCCAACAUUUAUGAAAGCUCCUGAAGAUCAGAUUGGGAUUUCUGGAGGAGUGGCCUCUUUUGUGUGUCAAGCAACAGGAGAGCCUAAACCUCGUAUCACAUGGAUGAAGAAGGGGAAGAAAGUCAGUUCUCAGCGGUUUGAGGUUAUUGAGUUCGAUGAUGGGUCAGGAUCAGUUCUGCGGAUACAGCCCCUGCGUGUUCAUCGAGACGAAGCUAUCUACGAGUGCACAGCAACCAACAGUGUUGGGGAGAUAAACACGAGUGCCAAGUUAACAGUGUUAGAAGGUUUUAUGUUCUGCGGAAAAACUGUGUAUUAG